UGAAAAUCGUCACAGUUCGUUCCAGCUCUGCAUCGCACAGACAAGAAAUUCUAUUUCUGCAGCUGACGUGAUAUUUCUGUCAACCCCCCCAAAAAAAAACAAAUUUUCUCUCGUUGAAAUAACUAAAAGCAGUCAAAAAGUCGCACGACGAGAUUCUUGUGCUAACAACUUUCGCGUUCAUAACUUUGCGAAUUAGUUCAGAAGUCGAGAAAGAAUCACAUUCCGCCAACUCCAUCUUCGGAGGAAUUGAAAAAAAAGUUGGAAGAGAAAAUACGAAAGGCGGCUACUAACUUCCUCUGGAGUAUAGCAGCGUAAAAAGGACGUAGAUAUAAACAUUAUUGUACAAAUACGAGUACAGUACGUCCAGUACCGCUGGUGGAAAGAGCACAACAACAAAGAGAAUAUCGAACGGGACGAGUGCCGCUACGUACGAUAGGAAAGGCGAAAAACGUGGUUUUUUGCUUUGAUAGCAACCCAGCAGAAAAUUGUCAAAUUAUAGGAAAAGAAAAUUAUUGAGUGAUUUUCGCGCCGCUUUGUGACGAAAGUAAUUGAAAACGUCGCAAGCUCGUUAACAAAAAAAAAAAAAAAUGGAAAAUCAAAACAAUGCCACUGCUGUAGCUACUGCUGCCGUCCCAGAUGCAGCCAAUGCUGCAGGAAACGGAUCGAGUGCUAUUCAGGAAGUCUCUUCGACAACGAAUGUUCCCGCUGAGCCAACAAAACGCUCACUGCGUGUCCAAACCUGGAAGAAGAUUCAAGACAACAAAUGCGGUGUCGGUUUCAACGCCAUUUUCAAUCGUAUACCUGGAUUCGUGGAUAGCGACAAGGCUGCAAAACUUCUCUCCGAGACCGAGGAGUUCAAGAAAGCGCAAAACAUUAAGGUCAAUAUCGAUCGCGCUUUGCACUCGGUAAAAUUGGAAACUCUUCUUGCUGGCAAAACAUUGUAUCUACCCGCCACACGGGACUCUAAAGCCAUCUAUUUGAAAGUUGAUGUGCCUACUGACGCUACUGACGACCAGAAAAAAGAAAUUCUAAAUGUGCAGGAUAUAUCGCAACAUCGCACCGAAAUUACUUUGGAGAACAAAGUCAAGCUGGAUAUGGUAGUGAUUGGCUCGGUUGUGGUGUCACGUGAUGGUUACCGCAUUGGGCGUGGUAACGGUUUCGCCGAUCAGGAUAUCGGCUUGCUUAACGAAAUCGGUUCAAUUACACCAGACACAGUAAUUGCUACGAUUGUACAUGAUUUACAGGUUGUUGAUAGCCUGCCAAAAGAGCUGUUUCAAAAAUAUGAUACACCCGUUGAUUUGAUUGUAACACCAACAGAAGUCAUACAUGUCUCUAAGCGAUUGGAGCGCCCGGCUGGCAUUUUCUGGCAUUUGCUGUCGGAACGUCGCCUUAAGAUUGUGCCUGUACUGCAAGUGUUUAAGGAGAACGAAGAGAAGGCCGGCAAAGUAAUUGUGCUGAAGGCAGAGGAUACUGACAUCGAACAAAACCAAAAGGCGCGUAACCGUCGUCGUGGACCAUUUCGUCGACGAUUUGGACGCCGUAAUCAGCGUCGCGCCAUCUCGCAAACCGAUACCGAACAACAGGGUCAAGAUCAGCAAAAGCGCAAUCCACGCCGAAAUCGCCGUUUCGCUAACCGAAGAAGACGACCAACAAAGUCUGAAGGCGAUCAAUCAGGCGUUGAAGGUAAAAGCCAGGAGCGCAAGGCUGCCGGCGGCGAUCGCAGGCAACAACAACAGCGCGUACGUAAGAAUCGUCUUGCUCGUGACUUUUGCAUCAAACUUUCGAAUAUUACGCGUGAUGUGCGUGUAAAGGAUGUGAAGUCAGAAUUGCGAAAGCGUGAAUGUAACCCGCUCUACAUUUCAUGGAAAGGCCAAUUUGGUAAAUGUUAUUUACAUUUCGGCAAUCGUAAUGGCACGCCCAGCACUGAAGAUGAAAUUAACAAGGUACUCCAGUCGUUGAAUGACUUGUCGCUGACAGUGACCACCGGUGGUGGUGCAGGCGCUGGCAAUGACAGUGGAGCUGAAGGCGAUGCUGCACAACCGCAACAGACAAAGACUGUAACGGUCAAUGUGGAGCUGCUAAAGUUUGACGAAAAGAAGGCCGAAGGUGGUAGCGGUGCUGCUGCCAAUGGUGAUGCAGCCGCAGGCGGUGAUGCUAGCUCUGCUCGCAUUGAGUCCGUCGACACCACCACUGUAUAGUAUGAACUACGUGCUGUUUUGAAACGGCUGUACUUUUGGUUGGGACAUUUGGAAUCGUGCGUUCAACGAGAGAAAAUUGUUUAACAUUCAUUUAUUCCUCCACCACUACCCGCCCCUACAUAUGCAUAUAUUUGCCUUUUCGUAACAUAUAAUGCAACUACGCACGUUUCUUAAUUUGCCCAUGGCGUAUGCCAAACGGUUUUUUUACAUAUUUAAAAAUAACGUCAAAAUAAAACAAUGAUUAGAAAAGAUUUUUGCUCUGUUCCGAGCGAUGCAUUUGUUUGUUAUUUAAAUAUAUGACUUUGUAUUCUUUAAAUUUUUUACAAAAUUCCUUUGCAUUGCGUAGAUAAAAAAAUACUCGUACAAUUAUUAACUGGCGCGCACGUUUUUUAACUUAUUUGUAUAAUGAAAUCAUGAAGAUAACUAGCAAAAUAUAAAAUAAAAUAAUUUGGAAAAAAAUAAAAAUAAAAA